GUAGCAUAACCUAAGAAGUAUUAAUCGUGUUUGGAGAUGAAAUAGUGUAGGUGAUUAAUUUAGUGAGAAAAUUACUCUGAUGAUUAAUUUGAAAUUUCUUACAAACUUCAGGGACGAUCGGUGAAAUUAACUCUAAUCCCGUAUAUUAAAAACUGCUUCGCCCGGCGGCGGAUUCUAUGCCACCGCAAAUGGCAACUCUAGCAGCGACACAAAAUGCCAACAUACUCCGUUUAGUUGUUUCCUGUAGAAAGAUCACGGCUCAAGUUACAAACCCUAACACGCACUCUAUCGUAGCCAUGGCUUCAUCCACCGAACAAGAGUUUGCCGCCCAGUACAGGGCCAAGCUCAACCGCUUCCCACGCUCUCACAACUUUUGGGACUCCAAAAUGGCUUCAAGGAUCGGGGAGAAGAUCGCGUUUCGUCUCAGAGAAAUUGGAGUUUCGAGUCUCCAGAUCGAUGUACAAGAAGAGCUUUCUCGACCCAUCCAUCAUCGCAAGAUGGUUGGCCCACUAUUUGAGUCCAUUAAGCGUUCCGGAAUCACCAUUGCCGGUGCUGAAGAUUUAAUAUUUCUGGGUUAAUAUUAUAAUUUUGAGGAAGAGGAUUGGCAACAGCAAAGCUGCACAAGAGAAUGAGAUGCUUGGAAUCUGAUGUGGCUGAUCAACUUGGGAGGUGAGGUGAAGAGAAGGAUAAUGUUGAUAAAAUAUGGCCGAAGAAUGGGAUUUUCAAGAAGUCUUACCUAAAUCCUUAUCAUGUCUUACAUUUAACAUUCCUCAAUCCCAAACCCGAGUCUUGAAAUUUCUAGCAUAAGAAGAGAGUUUUUAUUUGCCUUUUGUAAAUCUUAAGCAGUAUUUUAUUAUCUUAAUGCCUAGUGAUAAAGCUGUUCGUGACAUUGUUGGCAUUUUAGCUUUGGUUGUUGUAGUUUGUGACUUGACUUCUAUCUUUGCCGAAUUACAUUAAAAUAAUUGUUCUAAUAAUUAUUAGUUAUACUGCAGGACUAAUCAUUGACGUGAA